AUGGAUGGGCGUGGGCAUGGCCAUGGCCAUGUGGGGGAGAUGAGUACAGACAUCACCGCCGGAUGCAACAAUAUGCUCACAAAGGGGCCAUCUUCAGAUGUUCUCAGAGCAAGCAUUUCUAGUGCCCCAAGUACAUCUAGCCAUGGUUCUGCACAAGAUGAAUGUGAUUCAUUAGGGGAUGUGUAUGUAUGGGGUGAGGUUGUCUGCGAUACUUCAGUACGAACUGGUUCUGAUACUGUAAUUAGUUCAACUGGCAGGACUGACAUCCUCCUCCCGAAGCCAUUGGAGUCCAAUUUAGUUCUUGAUGUGUAUCAUGUAGAUUGUGGGGUUAAGCAUGCUGCAUUGGUCAUGAAAAAUGGUGAGGUUUUUACAUGGGGUGAAGAUUCUGGAGGCCGCCUUGGCCAUGGAACACGAGAAGAUUGUGUUCGCCCUUGUCUGGUUGAGUCUUUGACAGUUUCCAAUGUAGAUUUUGUUGCCUGUGGGGAAUUUCAUACUUGUGCUGUUACAACAACGGGUGAGCUUUAUACCUGGGGAGAUGGAACUCACAAUGUUGGGCUUCUCGGGCAUGGCAAUGAUGUAGGACACUGGAUACCUAAGAGAGUUUCUGGAGCAUUGGAAGGUCUUCAAGUUGCUUAUGUUUCAUGUGGGACCUGGCAUACAGCCUUGAUAACAUCCAUGGGCCAAUUGUUUACCUUUGGGGAUGGUUCAUUUGGUGUAUUAGGCCACGGAGAUCUGAAAAGUGUUUCUUACCCAAGGGAGGUAGAGUCACUAUCAGGAUUGAAAACAAUUGCUGUGGCAUGUGGUGUAUGGCACACUGCAGCUAUUGUGGAGGUUAUUGUCACUCGGUCCAGUUCAAGUGUAAAGCUAUCUGCUGGAAAGCUGUUCACAUGGGGAGAUGGUGACAAGCAUCGACUUGGUCAUGGUGACAAAGAAACUCGACUUAAGCCGACUUGCCUCGGAAAUCCUCAUUCAGAUGGAAGGAUACCUUGUUUAGUUGAAGACAAGAUUGUGGGUGAACAAGUUAUCCAAAUUGCUUGUGGCUCCUACCAUGUCGCAGUUUUGACAGGUAGGAGUGAAGUUUUUACAUGGGGAAAGGGAGCUAAUGGAAGAUUGGGCCAUGGAGACAUAGAGGAUCGGAAGGUGCCUACACUGGUUGAAGCCUUGAAAGAUAGAGCUGUUAGGUACAUAGCCUGUGGUGCUAACUUCACUGCUGCUAUUUGUCAAUAUAAAUGGGUUUCUGGAGCUGACCAAUCACAGUGUUCCUCAUGUCGACAGCCAUUUGGGUUUACUCGAAAGAGGCGUAACUGCUAUAAUUGUGGACUUGUCCAUUGCAAUGCCUGCACCUCGCGGAAGGCUUUGAGAGCAGCACUGGCUCCUAGUCCUGGGAAACCUUACCGUGUUUGUGAUUCAUGUUUCUUGAAGUUGAAUAAUGCCUCGGAUCCUAAUGCAGCUAACCGGAGGAAAGACCCUGUUCCCUACCAACCUGUUGAAAGCAAUGGCGAUGCUAAAGUAGGAAAGGCUAGUUUGCCUAGUAAUAUGGAUAUGAUUCGAAAUUUGGAUAUCAAGGCAGCACGGCAAGGGAAGAAAACUGAUGGGCUAUCAUUUCUCCGGAAUCCUCAAGUUAGUUCGCUCCUGCAGCUGAGUGAUAUUGCUUUAUCUGGUGGCUUGGGCAUGAACAGAUCAGCUCCAAGAGCAGUACGCAUAUCUGCAGCUCGGUCAGUUACUACUUCAAGAGCUGUUUCCCCUUUCUCUCGCAAGCCCACUCCACCACGUUCUACUACACCAGUUCCAACAGCCCAUGGUCUUUCUCUCUCAAAAAGUGCUACUGAUAAUAUUGUUAAAGCAAAUGAGCUCUUAAAUCAGGAAGUUGAAAGACUGCGUGCACAGGUUGAUAACCUGAGAAAUCGUUGCGAGCUUCAAGAACUUGAGCUUCAAAAAUCAGCAAAAAAGGUACAAGAGGCCAUGACACUGGUUGCCGAAGAAUCUGCAAAAUCCAAAGCUGCAAAAGAAGUUAUAAAAUCUUUAACCGCUCAGCUGAAGGAUAUGGCUGAGAGAUUACCACCAGAUCACGGGGCCUAUAAUGUCAAUGAGACAAAGCAAUCACAUAUUCCGAAUGGCAUUGAGUCACAUGUUGCUAGCUACUCUAGCAUGAAUGGAAUUCACCAGACACGGAAUGAGUUGCUCAAUGCUUCAAUUGCACAUAGUCCAAGCUCUGGACGAUCAUCGCAUUGCAAUGGAAUCUCAGGCCAACAUAAAUUACUGGGUAAUGUGAGUGAACAUAGUGAUUGCAGCACUCACAGCCUAAGAAUUGCCAGUCCUCACGACUCGGAGCUUCCUAAUCGAAGAGCACGCAGCAGCAGCGAUGAGAUGCUGACAGCAGGCAGUAGAGCGGAUGAUAAUGUGAGCAUGGAUGCUAUGUCCCUUCAAAGCGGUGAGGAUGGCUACAAGCCUCGAGGCACGAUAUCAUUACCAAGCAACCAAGUUCAGGCUGAAUGGAUCGAGCAGUAUGAACCCGGCGUAUACAUAACACUCACAACCCUCCGUGAUGGGACCCGGGAUCUGAAGAGGGUUCGCUUCAGCCGAAGACGUUUUGGUGAGCAUCAGGCGGAAAAUUGGUGGAAUGAGAACCGGGAAAAAGUGUAUGAGCGAUACAACGUGAAGAGCUCUGAGCGUGUGUCAUCAGCAGCCUCAACCCGGUCUGCAUACUGA